AAAUCUUCCCCACAUUGAAAACCUUUCACACAGAGGAGCCGUUGGCCACCCUGACUGUGCCGAUUGUCCGAGGAGAAUGUCUGCUCAAAUACCAGCUGAGGCCCACGUUUGAGUGGCAAAGAGAUGCUGUGGUAGUCGCUGACACGGACGAGUUUAUUAAAGAGGCGACAGAAAUCCCAGGCUUCCUGGAGCGUGUUGAAGAAUGCAAAAGCGCUUUGGCAGAUCCCACAGGGCAAGUUGACAAAUACCCAGAGGUGGUUUUCCUAGGAACCGGAUCUGCCAUCCCAAUGAAAAUCCGCAAUGUUAGCUCCAUCAUUCUAAACAUCGACACGACCCGAUCUGUGCUGUUAGACUGUGGCGAGGGGACCUUCGGACAGCUGUGCCGUCACUAUGGCAGCGAAGUGGACGAGGUUCUCUGCAAGAUAGUUGCCAUAUUUAUUUCCCACCUGCACGCGGACCAUCACACGGGCUUGUUAAAUGUAUUGCUCCAGAGAGAGCGAGCUUUGAAGUUUCUGGGGAAGGCGUUCAGCCCGGUCCUCCUUGUGACUCCAAUCCAGAUCAUGUCUUGGCUUCAACAGUACCAUGACAAUUGCCAGGAGAUUCUGCGCCACAUUAAUGUGAUUCCUGCUCGCGCUCUCCUGGACGGAGCUGAAGUUACAAAGUUAAGAACUCAAGACUUGAUUCGUUCCUUGUUGAACAAACUCGAACUGGUCAAGUUUCAGACCUGUGUGGUGCGUCACUGUAAGAACGCCUUUGGAUGUUCGCUGCAGCACAAGUCAGGCUGGAAAAUGGUUUACUCCGGUGACACCAUGCCCUGCCCAGCUCUGGUUCUGAUGGGACAGAAUGCAGACUUACUGAUUCACGAAGCUACACUGGAGGAUGGACUGGAGGAAGAGGCUGUGGAAAAAACCCACAGCACCACUUCCCAGGCCAUCAGUGUUGGGAUGAAGAUGAACGCUAAGUUUAUUAUGUUGAACCAUUUCAGCCAAAGAUAUGCCAAGAUCCCCCUCUUCAGCGCUGACUUCAAUGAGAAAGUUGGGAUUGCUUUCGACCACAUGAGGGUGAGGUUUGGAGAUUUCGGAGUGAUCCCCAGGUUGUUUCCCCCACUGAAAGCCUUGUUUGCUGAGGAGAUCGAGGAGAUGGAGGAGCGACGAGAGAAGCGGGAGCUUCGGCAGCUGAAGGAAGCCCUGAGCGUGGAUGUGGCCAACGGGAGUGUGGGACAUGGUCUUCCCUCCUCCGCACCGGCUACCGAAGGUCCGGCCUCCGUGACCUCAGCCAGGAGCCCAGCCGGCAGCACCAAACGCGACUUGGAGGAGCCGGAUCCUGACACGGAGCGCAAGAAACUCAAACUGAGCCGGAAUGUGGCAGAGAACUGAGCUGCUUCCCAAACGCCUGAGCUGAGGGGCGUUGGCAGUGAAAGCGAGCGAGACGAGAGAGAGAGAGCCACCAACACGGGGUCAAGGCUGUGUUGUAUGGAUGACCAGAACCUUGUUUCCAACACUGCAGGAAAGAGCACAGAAUAAUUGCGUGCGGGGUGUAUAUUGUGAAGGGGAGAGUGUGUGCGUGUGGGAGAGAGAGAGAGAAGGGGUGGUGAGAGGG